GUCAUUACCUGAUCCUCAUCUCCUCCGCUAACACCCUCUUAAACCCUCUCUCUACCUCCUCAAAGGGAUAAACCCCGCCUUUUAAACGAUGUCAUUUCUCUCUCCCUCCUCAAAAAAUGGCAGCAAUCUCAAUCCAAAGACCUGACAACGCUCUCUCCCUCUCUCUCCCUUCUAACCCUAAACCCCUCAAGCCCAUCAUAUGCCUCAGCCUCGCCCCUGAUUCCAACCCUCAGCUCUCCCUCAACAAAACCCACCACCAAAUUCCCAAUCCCGACCCCAAUCCCGACCCCAAUCAAGAAAUCCGCCGACUCUGCGUCCACGGCGAUCUUGACAAAGCCUUACUCAUCCUCGACUCCUCGGGCUGCUCCCCAUUCGAUGAAGAUGCCUACAUUUCACUCUUAAAGCUCUGCGAAUGGCGACGAGCGGUGCUCGAGGGCUCGAGGGUCUACUCGCACCUCAAUCUGACGAAUACCCAGUUGACCCUUCGCCUUGGAAAUGCUCUGUUGAGCAUGUUUGUGAGGUUUGGGAAUCUGUACAUUGCAUGGGUGGUGUUCGGUAAAAUGGUUGAGAGAGAUAUCUUUUCUUGGAAUGUGAUGGUUGGUGGGUAUGCAAAAGCUGGAUUUUUCGAUGAGGCCUUGGAUUUGUAUUCGAGGAUGACUUGGGCUGGGUUUAUGCCUGAUGUGUAUACUUUUCCUUGUGUUUUGAGGACAUGUGGAGGUGUUCCGGAUUGGACUAUGGGAAGAGAGGUUCAUUGCCAUGUUUUGAGAUUUGGGCUUGGGUUGGAAAUUGAUGUUUUGAAUGCUUUGAUCACAAUGUAUGCGAAAUGUGGUGAUGUGAUUACUCCUCGUAAAGUGUUUGACGGUAUGCUUAUCAGAGAUUGUAUUUCGUGGAAUGCAAUGAUUUCGGGAUAUUUUGAGAAUGAUGAGUGUGUGGAAGGGUUGAGAUUGUUUUUAACUAUGCUGGAAGUUUCUAUUGAGCCGGACUUGAUGACGAUGACAAGUGUAAUCGCUGCUUCUUCGCAGUUGUGUUAUAAGUGCUUAGGGAAGGAAAUUCAUGGAUAUGCUAUAAAGAAAGGGUUCUAUCAAGAUGUUUCAUUGUGCAAUUCAUUGAUUCAAAUGUACACUAGUUUUAGAAAUUUGGACGAAGCAGAGAAAGUAUUCUCUAGAAUGGAGUCUAGAGAUGUAGUCUCAUGGACAACAAUGAUAUCAGGUUAUGAGAAAAACGAAACUCCAGAAAGAGCUUUGGAAGUGUUUGAACAGAUGAAACAAGAUAAUGUGAACCCAGAUGAGGCCACAAUAGCUAGUGUUCUCUCUACGUGUGCUUGCUUGGGCCGCCUUGAUAUUGGGAUGGAAUUGCAUGAGCUAGCAAGGAAAAAAGGGUUAGUGUCAUAUGCAACAGUUGGAAAUGCGCUUCUUGAUAUGUAUUCCAAGUGUAGGUGCAUCGAUAAGGCUGUAGAAGUCUUUAGAAGAAUGACCGAGAUAGAUGUGAUAUCUUGGAGCUCAAUAAUCUCGGGCUUAAGGAUCAACAACAGGAGCAUCGAAGCUUUAAGCUUCUUUCGCCAAAUGCAAGUCGAUGUAAAACCCAAUUCGAUCACAUUGAUUGCUGCACUCUCUGCCUGUGCUUCAGUCGGAGCUCUGUUGUGUGGAAAGGAAAUCCAUGCCCAAGCUUUGAGGACAGACCUAGAUUUUGACGGGUAUCUGCCCAAUGCGCUUAUUGACCUCUAUAUAAAGUGUGGCAGAAUGGAAUAUGCUUUGAAAAAAUUUGAUGUGCACCUUAACAAGGAUGUGGUAUCUUAUAACAUCAUGCUUGCUGGCUAUGCUGGCAGAGGGCAAGGAGAUCUUGCCAUUGAAUUGUUCAAUCAGAUGGUGGAAUUUGGAGUUCAUCCUGAUGAAGUUACAUUUGUAGCCCUCUUGUGUGCUUGUGGCAGUUCUGGAUUGCUGACACAAGGUUGGAAUUAUUUUAAGACUAUGGAGCAAAAUUUUGCUAUUUCCCCCAAUCUCAAACACUAUGCAUCGAUGGUGGAUCUUUUGUCGCGGGCGGGGUGCUUGGAAGAAGCACACCAAUUUAUAAAAGAUAUGCCUAUCAAGCCUGAUGCUGCAAUCUGGGGGGCUUUGCUUAAUGGUUGCAGGAUUUAUCGUCGGGUUGAACUUGGUGAAGUUGCUGCGAAAAGGAUAUUUGAGUUGGACUCAGAAAGUGUUGGAUAUUAUGUGCUAUUAUGUAAUUUAUAUGCAGAUGAUGGCAGAUGGGAUCAGGUGGCAAGAGUAAGGAAAGCUAUGAGUGAGAGAGGGCUAAUGGUUGAUCCAGGAUGCAGUUGGGUUGAGGUUAAAGGAUCUGUUCAUGCUUUUCUUAGUGGUGACGAGUCUCAUCCACAGAUAAACGAAAUCCGUGCAGUCUUGAAUGGACUUUAUGAUAGAAUGGAGGUAGCUGGUUUCAAUGUGUCAGAAAACAGACUCUCAAACCAGAUUGAGGCAUCAAAGGCAGAUAUCUUUUGUGGUCACAGUGAAAGAUUAGCUGUUGGUUUUGGGCUCAUAAGUAGCACUCCUGGGACGCCUAUAUGGGUAACAAAAAAUCUUUAUAUGUGUGCAAACUGUCAUAGCAUUAUUAAGUUGAUAUCAAAGAUCGUUCGUCGAGAGAUCACAAUUAGGGAUACUGAACAAUUUCACCAUUUCAGAGAUGGCAAGUGCUCUUGUGGGGAUGAGGGAUAUUGGGGAAGAAAUAACGGCUAGUAGCAGCUGAGAUAUCUGCUAGUUUCAUUGAUAAACAUAGAACAUGCCAAUGAGUAUGACACAAAAUACCUGGAAAUGUGAUUGCCAGCAUUGAGAAGAAAACGGUACAGGGUCCUGGGCAAUUUAUUUACAGGAUAAAAACAUUAUGUGAUCUUGUCAAAGGAAAGGCUUACUUCUGUAUACAGAGUGUUGUGGUGUUGUAUAAUUCUGGUGUACUAUAAUCUGUUUCUUGUUGUAGCUUAUAUGCCCAAAAAAUUUCGUGGCAUCUGUUUGUUUGUGCAUAAUAAAACUCCUGAAAAA